ACGAGAAGAAAAAAUGGACAUGGAUAAUCAAGAUGAUGAUCCCCAAUUUGUAAAAGUGCUGGAAACCUGUUUGAAGAUGGUAAUUGCGGAAACCAAGCAACAGCUAGACGCUAAAAUAAAGGAAAUUGAAACACAGAAAACAAUGAUACGUACUGAACUCGAUAAAAGAAAGCAGUUUAAGACGAAGGUGACGCAGAUGGAUAAAAUUAGCGUAAUAUUAAAUGAAACUUUAACAAUAUUAAACGUAAGCAUUGGCGAAACCUCGGAGACUCUUGAAAUGGUAAAAGCAAAUAUCGAUGAUCAAUACAAACUGAAUCAAAUGAGAAUACAAGAGUAUCAAAAUAUCAUUGCUGAAUACGAGGAAACAUGGAAUACUUAUCGGACUAUGUACGAGGAAUUUCCAUUGGCAAAAACUAGAAAUGCAGUCAAGAACAAUUUGCAGAAGCUCAAAAUAGAAUACAUGAUCAUGGAUUAUAAGAAAACAGAGAUGAUGACGAUCAUCAAACAGAGACUACAUAUCGAUUGGAUUCGCACACGUUGUAAGAUAAUUGAAUUCACUGCCGUGAUGGUGGAACGGUUGGAAUUGGAGAAAAAGUUAAUGAAGCUGAAAGUAAAUGUGGAUUACCAUGGAAGAGAAUUACAAUCGAUAGAAAUGGAGUUGCAAAUUCUACGUAAGAAUGAAGAAGAUCAGAGACAACUGAGAAAACAGAAAGUCCUUGAUAUGGGACCGCCAAAGAUUAACCAUGUACCAUAUCGAGAAAUGCAUUCUUCAAAUCAAAUGUCCACGAAAAUGCAGCGUCCGUGGUUUCCCCAGACUUUUGAUGAUAAUAUAUCUGUCAAUACUUUGAUCUUAGAAGAAUUAUGCAUAAACGAGAACACUGGAGAAUCGCCUGAGAUAAUAGAUGUAGAAGCGAUAUGUGAGGAUAAUGAUUUUAGACGUACUGCAGGAAAGCAGUCUUUCCAAGCGGAAAAAUCAUCUAAUUUAAAAAAUACUGUCGUUACUGAGAAAAUGGAGUCGAACGCCGCUUUAGUAGUGCCAGAUGCAGAGAUAAGAAUUGAAAAAGAGGUCAACGACGUAGAAAUGGAUAAUAAUAUAAAUAUGAAAGAGAUCCAUCAAGAAGAGAUACAACGACAGAAAUCGCAAGAAUCUGUUAAAACGCAAACGAGUCGCUGUACAAACAAAAAUCCGUCCAAGCAUAACGCCAGCAGAAAUAUACAAGAUGAAAUUCAAGCCAAAAGAAUUAAAUUUCAAAGAGAGAAUAGUAAAGACAGUAAUGUUGUAAUUGCUCCUCAGUCAUCGAGAAAUGUCAAAGAAGUAGAUUUAAAAUCAUCAUCGUCGGUUCCGAAAAUUGUAAGCGUAGAACCGGUGCAUUACAAUAUUGUCCCGCCAUCGAAAUCUGUACGUCAACCAAGUAUUCUCUCAAACAGUAUGUUUUCUCCGAUGCAUCUCGAAUGCUGCAACAGCAUAAGUUCCUUCGGCCUUAUGUCAAAAGCUCCAUCAUCAUUACACGAGGGCUCACUAUAUAAUUAUAAAUUAUCUCCGACUUCCGACAUAUCGGUCACAUAUGCUAAUAAGGAAAUGGACAUACAGAUGAUUCCUCCUUUAAAAUACACUUCGGAACAAAAUGAAAAUCAAUCGGACGAUAAGAAAUCAUCAUUUUCAUUUUGUGGCUUUAAAAAACCGACGAAAGGUAACUUUACUUUAUUUUGAAGAAAAAAAAGAAGAUUUAUUUACCAG